AUGGAUUUAAGUUCGAUGUGUUCUUUGCCACCACUUGAUGGUUCAAGAAAAGGAUUUUCUUCCUCUGUUCGAAGUUUACCAUCUCCACCUAAUAGUCCGAGAUUAAUUUAUAAUGAAUCAAAUAAACCACAAGAACCAUCUUUAUUGACACAACCGAUCGUUAAAGGACAAAAUUUGAAUUCUUUUGCUUCUUCUCAACAUUCUCAACUUCAAGCAUCUCAAUCAACAUCAUCAUCCUGUUCCUCUUCAAUAUGGUCAAGGCCCACUAAUUCUCCCGCGAUGAGAUUUGUAAAUGCUACUACUAAUUUUUCCACUCCCACUCCUCCAGAUUAUUCACAAUUUGGAAAUAUUAAUUCUAACUCAUUUUCAACCAAUGAACAAGCAAUGGCAAAAUUGUUAAAGGUGAUCGAUCAUUGUAACCAAAUUUCCCAAUUUUCCACUCAAUAUCGAGAUUCUCGCAUGAACAAUCAAAGUUCGUGGACUCCCGUCAGCGAAUCUCACAUUACAAAUAUGAUUAAUCGAACAUACGAUAUAUUAAAUAUUUUAAUUGGUUUAAAGGGAGAAUUAAAUUCUAGAACUGCAGCUGAAAAUGCACCAGUUGACGUGGGAGAAAUAGUUCUAGCUCGAAAGCCGAGAUCAACAAAUGGCAUUUCUCAACAACGUACGAAAUACAGAAAACGAAGUAAACGUGCUGCGCCUCCUGGUAGAUGUCAUUCAUGUAACAUAUCUGAAACUCCUGAAUGGAGAAGAGGUCCAGAUGGAGCGAGAACUUUGUGCAAUGCUUGUGGUCUUCACUUUGCAAAAAUAACAAGAAAACGCGCUCUUUCAGCAAUGCAACAUCAAUUUCAACAAGCAGCUCCGCAUUCUGCGUCUACUAAUAUAACAAAUUAUAACAAUACUACUAUUAAUACUAUUCACACAAGAUUGGUAACAACGAUUCCGCCAUCAACAACGGCAACAACAAAUCAAGAUCCUUCCAAAUAA